GCAACCAGCCUUCUCUAACUCUAACACUUAUUAUCCCUUGCCUUGAUACCAAAUCCUCACCCACAAUUGUCCUAAUUGUGGACGCCGUUUCUUUAAUCGUCAGACUAACAAUGAUUCUAUACAGAACUACGACUCUAGGUCACGAUUGCCAAAUCUGAUAUCGCCGAUUAGUAAUUUCGAAUUCAACAAUCGCAUCCGAACAAAAUGAAGGCUACCGUUCUGAACAUGGCCAUUGCGGCCUCCCUCGCCGCUGGCGCUAACGCUCAGCCUCACCACCACGGUCAUCACCAUCAUAAGAAGAAUGUUGACAAGCGCGAUGUUGAGACCACCUACGUUCCUGCUACCGUUACUCAGUACAUGUUGGGCAGUGAUGAAGUGAGCGCCGAUGAAGCUAAGGCUGGUCUGGAUAAGGGUCUCUACAUCGUCGUUGGCGAGACUACCCCUACCUUCACACCCCCUCCCAAGCCCGUGGUUACCAGCUCCUCCUCCAAGGAAGAUGCUGUCUUCAUCCAGAAGGUCACUUCUACUUCCUCCUCAUCUUCCGCUUACCCUACUACUACCAGCAGCACCACUUCGUCCGCCGCUGCCUCGUCCUCCAGCGCCAGCUCAGGUUACAGCACUGGCGCAACUGGUGUUGACGCCGAAUUCCCAAGCGGCAAAGUCAAGUGCACCGACUUCCCUGAGGCCUACGGCGCCGUUCCUCUGAAUUACCUUGGUCUUGGAGGUUGGACCGGUCUUCAGUUCACCCCUGACUACAAGAUCGGCGAUCUCUCGAUCAGCUAUAUCAUCAACGGUGUGAAGGGCAUGGCCCAGCAGGCCGGCUUUUACUCCUACGCCUGCCCUGAUGGAUAUGUCAAGACCCAGUGGCCUGAGGCUCAGGGAAGCACCAAGCAAUCCGUUGGUGGUCUUCAGUGCAACUCAGACGGCUACCUCGAGCUCAGCCGCCCUACUUCCAAGACUCUUUGUGAGCCCGGUGUUGCUGGUAUUACCAUCAAGAACGAUAUGGCCAAGAACGUCGCCAUCUGCCGUACUGACUACCCUGGUAUCGAGGCUAUGGUUAUCCCCGUCGACUCUCAGCCUGGUACUACCCGUAACCUAGCUAACGUCGAAUCCGCCGGUUACUACCACUGGACUGGACUGUCUACCACCCUCCAGUACUAUGUCAACCAGCCUGGUGUCUCGACUGAGGACGGAUGUGUCUGGGACUGUGCUAGCAACCACGAUGAGUGCGGUAACUGGGCUCCUACCAUUCUCGGCGUUGGCAAGGCUGCGGAUGGAAACACUUACAUCUCUCUCUUCCCCAACACGCCUACUAGCAGCGCCAAGCCAAGGAUGAACAUCAACAUCACUGGUGACGUCAGCAUACCAUGCUACUUCCAAGAUGGCGCGUACGCCGUUGGCAACAGUGGCUGCACCACAACUAUCCCGUCCGGUGGAAAGGCCGUCAUCCACUUCACCUCGGCUUAAAUAAUGAAGUUCGUAGUUAUUUUCGGUCAUGCUGGGGUUAUGGGUUUCUAUAUUGCUUUCUAAUGGAUACCUCUUGCCAUCUUUCGCCUCA